AUGUCAAGUCCGGAGAACUACACUGUUCGUUUGAUUUGCGCCAUCACCACUGAGUAUGUCGCCGCCCAAGCGUUCCUGAUGAAAAGCACGAUGGCCCAGCAUAUUUGCCGCCCCCACAACAAGAAAAAUAAUAUAUUGGGAAAGACCCGUAAACAUAACGUGGUUAUUUCCGGUUUACCUUUGAGAGAAUAUGGCACGUCCUCGGCGGCUAGAGUGGCAGAAGAUAUGAUGCAUAACUUUCCGAAUAUUCACAUUGGCUUGAUGGUUGGUAUUGGUGGCGGCGCUCCGGGCCGAAAACAUGAAAUUCGCCCAGGAGAUAUUGUAGUCAGCACCUCUCGCAAUGGCCAGGGUAGUGUCAUUCAAUAUGACUACGGCAAAACGAUCCAGGGCCAAAUCUUUCAGCAGACGGGGGAUUCAAAUCAACCACCCACUAUCCUACGCGCCGCAGUGAAUGGACACGCGCUCAAUACGAGUGCGAAGGGUAUCAUUUGGAUGAUGCGGAGGAAAGAAUCUUUGAGAAGAAGCCGCGACUACGGAACAGGAAUUAGCAUUACACAUCCCUCAGGCAAAGAUUUACCUUGCGCUUCAAGGUGCGGUGACGAUCCAUCUUGUUUAGUCGCGCGGCCCCUUUGCACCGAAAAGGAUGACAAUCCAGCGGUUCAUUACGCACUGAUCGCCUCGGUGAAUCAGCUCAUGGAGGAUGCGUCAAUUUGGGACAAAUUAGCUGCUCAAAAAGAUGUCCUAUGCUUUGAAAUGGAAGCAGCUGGUUUGAUGAACCAUUUCCCUUGCCUUGUCAUCCGAGAUAUCUGCGAAUACGCCGACUCGCAUAAGAACAAAAAUUGGCAAGGCUACGCUGCCAUGGUUGCAGCAGCGUAG